AUGCGCGGCGCGCACAGAGAGAGCAAUCACAGAGUCUUCAGGAGGGCAUGCACGCAGUGUGCAGAGAAAGCGUGCACGGAGCGUGCAGCUAAGACUGCAUGGAUUGCGCGGAGAGCGAGCACGUGGAGAACGUGGAGAAAGCGUGCAUGGACUGUGCAGAGGGUGUGCAUGGAACGUGCAGGUAAGACUCUGCGUGGCAUUCGCGAGAGAGCAUUGGGAGUGCUCUCCGAGCGUGCAUGGAGUGUGCAGAGAGCACGAGUGUGCAAAGAGAGUCUGUGCAGAGCGUGCACAGAGCGUGUGGUGAGAGCGUGCAGGGAGUGUGAGAAAAGAGCAUACGUGAAGCUUGCAAGAGGGCAUGCACGGAGCGUGCAAAGCGAGCAUCCACACAGCAUUUGCGCAGGGCAUGCAUGGAGCACGCAGCGGGAGCGUGCAUGGAGCACGCAGCGAGGGAGCAAAGAGCAUGAGGAGAGAGCGUGUGUGCAGUGCUUGCAGGGGCCACGCAUGGAACAUGUGAAGAGAGCGUGCACGAAGCAUGCAGCUAAGACUGUGCACGGAGCGUGCACGAGCGCGCGGGGAGCACGCACACAGCACGCUGAGCGAGGACACAUGCAUCCAGUGUGUGCAAGAGCGCCGUGCCCACCCGCCGCAGCACACAGGCCCAUGCACACAGGAGCCCGGCGCUGCACGGAGCGGGGGGACAUGCUAGCACGCGAGCUCGCCCAAGCGCGCACGCAUGCAGGCAGCCUAAACGGGGGGCUCCCUCCUCCCCCCAGCUCCCCGGCUGCACCGUCCCCUAAACGUGGGCUCGAACCCCCGGCCCGAGCACUGCCCCACCGCCGCGCCUGGAUUUUCUGUGAAAAUCCCCCGGUUUUGGGGCACCACCGUCACCUCUCCCCCAGGCCUUCCCGGGAAAUAGGUUUAGGAUGAAAACCAGAGAGCGGCCAGCCAAGCAAGCCGGGCCCCAGGGCACCCAGGGUGGGUGCCGGGGCACCCCGAGGUGCUCGGGGUGCGCUACUAACCAAUAAACUAAACGUACUACCCGGCUA